GAGAUUUUAACACCCAACAGAUGAAGUGAGAGUCCCGGUUUUUUAUUUGCAUGCAGAGCUACUUUGUUCCACUCAUUUCACUGCAUGAACCAAGCAUUUGCAUGGUAUUUGCAUAAUGUUGCCCAUCGCAGCUUGUUCGUUUCUACAUCUGGCACUAAGCAUUGAUAGCUGUCUUGUAGCCUAUAUUUGAAUACCUAUAUUAGUUGGUGGUCAAUGAGAUAUAACGCCCAUUCAUGGUUUGAGCCGAAAUACAAAGUGACCUUUGAUUGAAGCUUUUAAUAAUAAAGAUCAAAAUACGUAGGGACCAUUUCAACCAUAUUAAAUGGAUAAUACGGACAGUAUGAGACAAUACAAUGCACACUGCAUCAUUGUAUGUACAUCUAACUCCAAGAUUUAAUCAGAGAACUGAGAUAUAUGUCCACUAGACAGCCUAAAACACUUUACAAAAAGGCCUCCAUUAAAACAUGUUCUUUAAUUCUGUCCAAACAGUACAUGAGAAACAGAAAAAUAAUACUAUGUAAUUUGAAAGAUUACAACAGUCAGAGAUGGAUUUUUACAUAGCAUGGAAAUGGUACACAAUGGCACACAUCUUAUGCAUUUAUUUACUCAAUCGAUGUAGGCUAAUAUAAGAUGGCACAAAGGUACUAAGCUCUAUGUUUAUAUUCACAGCCUCCUUUAACUAAAGAUUGGAAACAGCAUAGUUAUCUGUACUAUGUUAUAUUAUAUUUUAAUUGUUAAUUUGUGUGUGAGUGUGCAUGUGUGCGUGUGACCGUGUGUGUUUGUGUGUGUGCGUGUGUGUAUGUGUAUAGACUUCUUUAUCACACAAGUGGAUAGUGUGUGUGUAAUGUGUGUGUGUAUAUAGACUGAUCUAUGAUGAAUAUUUUAUCCUUUUAGUAAGUUACAACACAGUUUCUAUUUUGUAUUUUCUAUUCCUAUUUAACGGUUACCAGUUUAGUGGCUAAUUAUGUGUAGCAAGCACACUACACAUGCUAAGAUUCUAUUAUCUUUGCCCAAAGCCUUAUAAGUCAUAGGCCUUGAGCAACUUUAACUAAGACAUAUAAGUCAAAGUGAUAUGCUAACAUAAAAUAGUAUUACAGAGUAAUGUAUGGGAUGUAUUAUCUGAACUGAAUCGUUUGCUACCUCAUCAAGUGUUCUUUAGUGUUUAUCAACAAACAAAAGGUAUAUACAUCGGAAUUGGUUCUUUCCUUGGGUAUCCCAAACUGCAACAAACAAACAUAUGGUUAUAUUUAUUUUUAAGCAGGUAAUAGCAAUAGCUAUUAUCCUUCCUAACGCCAGAUAGUCCUCUGAUGAUAUACACAAUUACACAUAGAGCAAUAUGACAUGUUUACUGUAAUAUACGGCACAAUCCUGCUUUAAUAUCACAUUAGCAAUAUUUGAUUACAUUAUAUAUGUAACAUUGUAAACGUUGUAAACAGGGCUUUAGUUAUCCUCAAAUUGACACAAUAGUAGACUACUGCAGAGUAAACAUAAUUUAGGACAAAACUUGUUGUAUAUCUAAGCUCGUUUGACUUGGCCUAUAUUCCUAUAUAAGUUAUAUGUUCUAACUUCUAAUGUAAGUACACAACCUACCCAUAAAAAAUAUAUGUCAUGUGCGGCGUGUUUGUUGUGUAUCAAGACAUUGAGUCAGGAAUAUAGUUAACUUUAGUAUGUAGACAGAGUGCAGUUUACUUGGUAAACAAUCGAGAGUUUAGGUCAGGGCCAUCUCGCUGACUGCGUUCAUGUUGGACGACAUGAGACCCAGCCCUCUGAAAGUAGUCUGUAGAGGCGGACACUUUCCACCCCUUGUCGAUUCGUUUGAUAGCUGGCUAGUGGAGGACUCCUGUAGGCCUACUAAUGUUUUUUUUAAUGGCUCAACCUUUCCAAUGCAACUUCUAAAAUUAUAUCAGCCUAUAUAUAUAUGUACAUAUAUAUAUAUAGGCCUGCCUGAUUGGGAUUGUUAAAUUUGAACGUAGAUAUUUCUUCGUUUCUCUCUCCCUUGGUUCACGGUUACUUCCUGGUGUCACAGAGAGAGGCAGUGCUGAGUUAAAGAGACAGAAAUACUGAUAGAAAUUUAGAUAGAAAAUACUGUGAGAAGAGGGGAGGAACAAGAUAGGAGCAGUUGACUGGAUUCCAGAAAUCGAAACCCCCUCUUCCUUUGCAUGUUUGCCAUUAUUUUUUUAAACAUCGUUUUUUUUGGUUUGAAAACCCAGAAUAUCGUUUAGAUGACUCGGAUGCCGAAGCUCCAGCUCGUUGCGGCUAAAGCGGAAUUGUAACGGGGAACGUAUUCCUCCCUCCGACCGAGAAGCCUCGCCAAGAUUUACAAUAUACGUAUUGCUUUUUUAAUAUACCAUCCGAGGUAUUUCCAUAUUUUCUUUUAACGAGGAAGGGUUAAAAGAGACGGAAGAUGGGUUGUUUGGGCAACAGCAAGACUGAAGAUCAACGCAUCGACGAAAAGGCACAACGAGAGGCAAAUAAAAAAAUAGAAAAACAGUUACAAAAAGAAAGACAAGCAUAUAAAGCUACACAUAGGCUGUUAUUAUUGGGUGCGGGUGAGUCCGGAAAAAGCACCAUUGUGAAGCAGAUGAGGAUUCUACACGUCAACGGCUUCAACGCAGAAGAAAAGAAACUGAAAAUACAAGAUAUACGAAAAAACGUUAAGGAUGCCAUAGUGACGAUAGUGUCGGCAAUGAGCACUUUGAUACCCCCAGUCCCGCUAGCUAAUCCAGAGGACCAAUUCAGAAUUGAGUACAUCAAAAGCAUAGCUCCUCUCUCCGACUUUGACUAUUCACAGGAGUUCUUUGACCAUGCGAAGAAACUGUGGGACGACGAGGGAGUAAAAGCGUGCUUCGAGAGGUCCAACGAGUACCAGCUCAUUGACUGCGCACAAUAUUUCCUGGACAGAAUUGACUCCGUAAGACAGAGUGAAUACACACCAACGGACCAGGACCUGCUACGCUGCCGAGUGUUGACUUCAGGGAUUUUUGAGACGAGGUUCCAAGUAGACAAAGUCAAUUUUCACAUGUUCGAUGUUGGGGGCCAGAGAGAUGAGAGGAGGAAAUGGAUCCAGUGCUUUAACGACGUGACUGCGAUCAUCUUCGUGGUGGCCAGCAGCAGCUACAACAUGGUAAUAAGGGAAGACAACGACACAAACCGGCUACGGGAAGCUCUGGACCUCUUCCGCAGUAUUUGGAACAACAGGUGGUUACGCACUAUAUCGGUCAUCCUAUUCCUGAACAAGCAGGAUAUGCUGGCUGAAAAAGUAUUAGCUGGGAAAUCCAAAAUCGAAGACUACUUCCCUGAAUAUGCUCGCUACACCAUACCAAAUGAAGCAACUCCUGAACCAGGUGAAGACCCGAAAGUAACGAGAGCUAAGUUCUUCAUCCGCGAUGAGUUCCUCCGGAUCAGCACGGCGAGCGGCGACGGCAGACACUACUGCUACCCCCACUUCACGUGCGCGGUGGACACCGAGAACAUCCGCCGCGUCUUCAACGACUGCCGGGACAUCAUCCAGCGCAUGCACCUGAGGCAGUACGAGCUCUUGUGAUGCGCCGUGGGGGAAACGACGCGUCCGGGCAAGGGGCGGCCUUCACACACUUUUUAAAAAUAGUUUUUGUUUUCUUUUGACCUUUCUUUUUAAAAGAAAU